AUGGAUUUCGAUUUCGAAGGAAUGUCAGAGGACUUGCAGAAACUAAUAUCUUUAGAUGAGGUAUAUCAAACCGAGGAAGUAAUCACAAAAAUGCAUGAAUCUGAACUAGAAACCUUACCUCUAGUCGACCAUUUCAACCACCUAGAAAUAAUUAGAGCUUCAGCAACAAGCAACUUGGAGGUUCAAGUAAAUAACGUACUCAUUCAAUAA